AUGAAAAACACAUUUUCACACGGCUUGUUAUUCCGCUCCGUCCAUCUAUCUAUCUAUCUAUCUAUCUAUCUAUCUAUCUAUCUAUCUAUCUAUCUAUCUAUCUAUGUCCUAGUUUUCUCUUUCUCAAUGUAUCUAUAUUUUCUAUUCCUCAAAACCUAUAGUCAAAAUGCCCUUUCACUUUUAUUGUCAGUAUAUUUGCUAAAAAGAGAGUCGCGCCGUUAUUACCUAUCAGCGCCCCUUUUGCAAUUAAAUACACUUCACUACAAACCUAUGACGUCAUUUAUCUCUAAACACAAUUGCUCGCAAUGGACGACCGCCACAACCCACUUGUUUACCCUCUCCUCCUGGCUGUUGCUCGACUCUUCGCGCCAAUACUUACGCAGCGCUUUGCCGCCUUUCGGCACCUUUUACGUUGGUCAACACAUCCCUCCCUUUUUAAUAUCGUCUAAGUAUCUAUCUAUCUAUCUAUCUAUCUAUCUAUCUAUCUAUCUAUCUAUCUAUCUAUCUAUCUAUGUCUAUUUCCUCUUCCCUCUUAUUUCAGACAUUUUCCCUUUCCUCUUAUUUCAGCCUCUUCCUCUUUCCUCUUAUUUUCAGCCACUUCCCCUUUCCUCUUAUAUCAGUCACUUCCUCUUUCUUCUUAUUUUCAGCCACUUCUUCCUAUGA